AUGCAUACGCGCAACUCCGGGCGGACAUCACCUCUAGUUUACGAACCGGAGAUUGAAAGAAUAGCAAGAAGAAACCGAACAAGCCGGUUAGAAGCAACUCUCGCUUCUAAUCAAACCCACCAAACACCACAACUCACACCAACCAUUGAAACCGAUUCAAUGGCAAAUCAAAGCUCCAAUCAAAACCAGAAUCAAUUCCAAUACCAGAGCAACUUUAAUCCCGCUCAAAACACCCAACCUCUACCUCAAGAUCAACCGGGUGGUAACGACAAUUCUAGGCCACCCACACCACCUUUCAGAAACCAACAUCCCAACAAUAACCAACGAACACCCCAACAACAAAACCGUAACAGACAAACUUCUUUACCCGUUAACGUCGAUGACGGAUAUGUCAAUUCAGAUCGUAGAGGUAAUCGUGACCGCGGCAAUCCCGCGGAUGAAGACCCGUUUUUCAACAUCGACGACUUGAGGGAUGCAAUCCCCGAUGAUGAACCUUAUAGUGUUCCCGGUUAUCGAUCGCCGGAACAUGUAAGCGUGCAUACCGAAAAUUCUAACGACGGGGGUUACUACGAUGAUCGAGUGGACGAUGAUGAAGAUUGGGGAUACAUCAACCGGGGUAAUAACUAUCGGGCGAGAGGAUACGAAGAUGAACAGUUUGGCUAUCAGAAUGCCAAUUACGUUGGGGAGGACGAUUAUGGUUACAGGAAUAAACGGAAUGAUGGUGGUCAUCAAGGGGGUAACCGACGUGGAAACCAAAGAGAUGAUCGAAGAGAGGAGAGAAGGGAUGAAAGGCGAGAUGAAAGAAGGAAUGAUCGACGAGAUGAGAGGAGGGAUAACCGAAGAAUGGAUGACCAAGAAGUCAAUGGUCCUUAUCGUCGUCAACAACCUCCACGGGGGGUAAAUGACCGUUUCAGGCCGAUCGUCACCGAGAACGAUUCACCUAUUGUUUGUGAGUGA